AUGGCUGCUGCUCAGAGUGGACCAGAGUUGCGUGGCGAUGCGGAUUUAUUGAAGCAGCCUACACCCCGGAGCAACGGUGCACAGGAAGACGAUAGCCAAGAUCAGAUCGGUUCCAACAGUCCAAUUCCCACCGGUAUCUCGACCCCGCAGCCUGAUCUUGCGGACAAGCGUCUGCCGUCCCUAAGUUCCAGUUACUUCCAGGUUGGUUCUCCCUCUGGUGAUAAGCUCCAUCCUUCCAGUACCCGGUCUUCUUCUGAGGCCUCUACUUCCGCGCAAACACCCCAGUCGGAUAUGUCCCCCAAAGGGACACGGGAUGGUCAAGGCCCCUCGCCCUCGGGCUCUUUUGUCAUGAUGGAGCAUCCUGAGGCUUCGGAUGCCAAGUCGUCUACCGCUUCGCCGGACCAGAGACUUGAGACACAUACUUUACAGCCGGAGACGCUGCCCCCUACGAAUCUACCUACUCCCCCCUAUAGUUCCGCCUGUUCCCUUUUGCAGAAAGAGUCAGAUGAGACCGAACUCGGCUCCUCUGCCCCGGACAAGGGCAUGAGCUCCAUAUUUACUACGUUGAAGAAUUAUCUCUCCCCCUCCGGAAGCUUGGGCUCUCCUGAACAACCCCCCGCCCAUGAAAAACUCCAUGUAUCUAUGUCUUCUGAGAAUUUGGCGAAGCUAACUGGAAACGUGACGGAUCUUGUGCGUCUAAAGAGUACACCUCCUCUUACGCCUCGAGCAAUGUCCAGCGAAGGCCCGCAACCCGACAAGAAGCCGCCCACAACGUCCCCCCACCCGUCGGAGCCUGCGCCGCCCAAGGCCGACGAACCGACAAGCGCAGCCGAUGAAAUCGCCGGGAAGUUGGACGAGGCGUUCCCGUCUCGGAAAGACAGUCCCUCGCCAAAUGGCCCACCGGUGGCUUCGCUCAAGGGCAAGCUCUUCGUGAAUAUCUCCGAGGCCAGGGGGCUCCGACCCGGGUUCGACCCUUACGUGGUGUGUGUAUUUGAGUGGAACGAGUGCAUUUCGAAGAGUGCGCAAGACGAGGAGGAGGCUACGCUGGAACGCCAACAAAAGGAACAAGAAAAAUCCGAUCUCGAAGCCGGCCGACCGAUGGCUAUCCCGAUGAAAAGCCGAUCCAGCAGCAACAACAGUGCGCUCGAUGGUCCCGAUCAAAAGGGUCGCGCGCCCGUGACCGACCCCCAUUGGAACCACGAGGCGGUCUUUGAUGUUCAGGGCGACCAGUCCGAGGUCGACGUGUCGGUAUAUGAUCGCAAUAAUCAAGAGGCAUUCCUGGGACACGUGCGCCUGUGUAUCAACCUGCAGGAUGACCACAGCCGGUUGGAAGGAUGGUUCCCCUUGAAAUCCCGUGCGGCAGGGGACUCUCAGGUCUCCGGGGAAAUCCAUCUGGAGAUGCGAUUCGAGAAGACAGAAAAGAAGCAGGUGGGGCCGAACGAUUUCCAAAUCCUCAAGCUCAUUGGCAAGGGAACGUUUGGUCAGGUCUACCAGGUUAUGAAGAAGGACACCCGUCGUAUCUAUGCGAUGAAGGUCCUGUCGAAGAAGGUGAUCAUUCAGAAGAAGGAGGUUGCGCAUACACUGGGAGAGCGGAACAUCCUGGUCCGGACAGCUAUGGCCGCUUCGCCCUUUAUCGUCGGACUGAAGUUCUCCUUCCAAACUCCGACCGACCUUUACCUGGUUACCGACUACAUGUCAGGUGGAGAGUUGUUCUGGCAUCUGCAGAAGGAAGGGCGAUUCCAGGAGGCCCGGGCCAAGUUCUACAUCGCCGAGUUGAUCUUGGCGCUGCAGCAUCUUCACGAGCACGACAUUGUGUAUCGCGAUCUUAAGCCGGAGAACAUUUUGCUUGAUGCGAACGGUCACAUUGCGCUUUGUGAUUUUGGUCUCUCGAAGGCCAACCUGACCCAGAACGACACGACGAACACCUUCUGCGGAACGACAGAGUACCUGGCGCCUGAGGUGCUGCUUGACGAGCAGGGCUACACCAAGAUGGUCGAUUUCUGGUCCCUUGGUGUUCUCGUGUUCGAGAUGUGCUGCGGAUGGAGUCCGUUCUACGCCGAAGACACACAGCAGAUGUACAAGAACAUCGCCUUCGGUAAGGUCCGGUUCCCCCGGGACGCCCUGAGCACGGAGGGAAGAAACUUCGUGAAGGGGUUACUCAACCGGAACCCGAAGCACCGCCUCGGAGCCAAGGGCGACGCCAAGGAACUCAUGGCGCACCCGUUCUUUAGCGACGUCGACUGGCAGGCAUUGGGUCGGAAGGAAGUGAUCCCUCCGUUCAAGCCCAAGCUCAAGUCGGACACGGACACUUCCAACUUCGAUCCCGAGUUCACGAACGCUCUGGAGAACAACAACUCCCUCAAUGACCGCGCGGCGGCGAUUGCUAAUGGGUUUAUGCCCGCCGGGACGCCGUUGUCGCCAGGCCUGCAGGCCAACUUCAAGGGGUUUACCUUUGUCAAUGAGAGUUCCAUCGACCACCAUUUCACCGAGGAUGGGGACCACAUGGAAGAAGACACGGAGACCUGGCAGCGAUCCCACCAGCCCGUAAACGUGGCAAGCCAGCUCAUGAACGCAGUCCAGAAGACGCAUGAGGGCGGCGAGCCGGGUAUCUUCAACGUUGAUGACAAUUUCGAUAUGUGA